AUGGACACGGAAGGGCACUCGUUGCCGUCGGCGUCGUGCGGCGACGGCCGGAAGAGGAGAGUCUGCUACUACUACGACCCGGGCGUCGCCAACGUCGACUACGGCGCCAACCACAACAUGGUGCCCCGCCGCGUCGCCAUGGCGCACGCCCUCGUCGAAAAGUACGGCCUGCUCGCCGACAUGGAGCGCCUCCGCGUCAGGCCCGCCACCGAGGCCGAACUGCGCGCCUUCCACGACGACGCCUACGUCCGCCUCCUCCGCGACAUCACCCCGGACGCCUACCACGACGGCGACCUCCGGGAUAGGGCCAGGGCGUGCGGCGUCGGCGUGCCGGACACCGACGAGACCGACGCCAGCGCAUACGACAACCCCGCCAUCGACGGCCUCUGGGACUACUGCCUCCGCUACGCCGGCGGGUCGCUCGCCGCCGCGCGCGCGCUCGCCGACGGCUCCUCCGACAUCGCCAUCAACUGGUCCGGCGGGAUGCACCACGCGUGCCGUGGCAAGGCCAGCGGCUUCUGCUACGUCAACGACAUCGUGCUCGCCAUCCAGGAGCUCCUGAAGCACUUCGAGCGCGUGCUCUACGUGGACAUCGACGUGCACCACGGUGAUGGCGUGGAGGAGCACUUCAAGAGGGAGAGCCGGGUGAUGACGGUUUCGUUCCACCUCUACGACAUCGACCGCGACGUCAAGCCCUUCUUCCCGGGCACCGGCAAGGUCGAGGACGUCGGCGAGGGCGAAGGCAAGUACUACACCCUGAACGUGCCCAUGAAGGCGGGCAUGGACGACGAGAGGUACCAGCAGCUGUUCAGGCCGAUCAUGGACGAGGUCAUGGAGAAGUUCGUCCCGGACGCCGUGGUGCUGCAGUGCGGCGCCGACUCGCUCUACGGCGACAGGCUGGGCGAGUUCAGACUGUCCGUGAAAGGCCACGCCGGCUGCGUCAGCUACCUCCGUAGCUUCAACGUGCCGCUGCUCCUCCUCGGCGGCGGCGGGUACACCGUCAACCAUGUGGCCUCCUGCUGGUGCUACGAGACGGCGGUCGCCGUGGGCAAGGAGAAGGAGAUCUCCGACGAGAUACCCUUCCACGGCUACGAGCACUAUUACAGGGACCAGGGCUACAAGCUACAUUUCACGGUGCCGAAGAAGAACGGCAACAAGAAGGAUGACUUAAUCGAUAAGAUAAAGCAGGAUGCCCUCAUGAACCUGGCCAUGCUCAAGCCACCGCCGACGACCGUAGGGGAGCACCGGCCAAGCAAAAGACAUGCCAUCAACGUCAAGGCCCACUAUGACCAGAACCAGGACAAGGAGGCAAAGAAGUACCGGUGCCGCAGGGAAGACGACGACCCCAUGGAGAGGCUGCACCGGCUCUGCGGCGAGGCGGACCGCUACGAUUUCUUCACUGAGCUGGGGAAGAGAAAGAUGUCUGGGCUAGUAAAUACUACUCCCUCCGAUUGA